GGUGCGUCCCGCCCCUCCGCCCGGGGCAGCAAACUUUCAGUUUCGUUUUCCCUGAGCUCCCUCCCAGUUCCCGGCAGCGCUGCUCCCUUUUCUCUCCUUGCCGCCUGCCUUGCGGACCUCGCCGGGAGUGGGCCACCAUAUUUGGGAACAACCAUCUUUGCUCAGAAACACAAAACAAAGUAUAAACACUUAAAGACCCCAGGUCCCAGGAGGAUGGACUUUUCUAAGGGUGCUGAAGCAGCAGCUUACAAUGAGAAAUCAGGUAGGAACACCUCACUCUCAGUCUUGCUCCAGAAAUUCUUUGCUCAGAUCUGUCCUCAGUGGGAAAAGGGGAACACAGAAGGAGACUGUCUCCCCUGCAAGCGUUCAGAGAUUCUUGGAGACAUUCUUGGAGAAAACUAUAGUUGGCAAAUACCCAUUAAUCACAAUGACUUCAAAAUUUUAAAAAACAAUGAGAGUCAGCUGUGUGAAGUUCUCCAGAAUAAAUUCGGCUGUAUCUCUACCCUGGUCUCUCCAGCCUGGGAAGGUAACAGUGAGUCUCUGCAAGUCUUCAAAAGAAGGCUGACUCCUUGGUUAGAGUUGUCUGUCUGGAAGGAUAACCUCACCAGGCAUGCUGUUGAUGCUGUAGUGAAUGCAGCCAAUGAAGAUCUUUACCAUGGGGGAGGCCUCGCCGGUGCCCUGGUGAAAGCUGGUGGCCAAGAAAUCCAAGAGGAGAGUACAAGAUUGGUUUCUAGAUUUGGUAAAAUACCAGCUGGUGAAAUAGCGUGCACAGGAGCAGGGAGGCUUCCCUGCAAACAUAUUAUCCAUGCUGUUGGGCCUCGGUGGGAGGAAGUGCAUAGGGAGAACUGUAUUUAUCAGCUACACAUGGCCAUUGUACAUAUUCUGAAUUUUGUCACCUCUGGCAAGCUGUCCAUUGAGACAAUAGCAAUUCCAGCCGUGAGCUCUGGGAUUUUCCGGUUCCCUCUGAAUUUGUGUACACAGAUCAUAGUGGAAACUAUCAAGAAUUAUUUCCAAGGUAUGCAACUGACUGGGACUUUAAAACAAAUUCACCUGGUAAGCAAUGAGGACCCUACUGUUGCUGCCUUUAAAGCUGCUUCAGAAGACAUACUAGGGGAGAACGAGCUGGGGUUCCAGGUGAAUCAAGGAGCCGUCCUUCCUUUCAGUAUGAUGACGGUGAACAACCUGACUGUCCAGAUUGUCCAAGGCCUCAUUCAUCUGCAGGAGACAGAUGUAUUUGUUGGUUUUGUAAAUCCAAAUCUUGGUGAUGGAGUUGGUCCUGUGUCGGAAUCAUUUCCCCAAAAAGCAGGAAACAAAAUGACAGAGGAGUUUACCAAAAAAACCCUUCAGACAUCUAAGGAUUCCCCGUUGGUACUGGUCACAAGUAACUCUAAAUCACCUGGUCAAUAUGUAUUCUAUGUGUGCCAGCCUUCAGAAUAUUCUAAACAGGAUCUGGUAUUGAGAAACAUAGUGAAGAAGUGCUUGGAAAAAUGCCUUGAGCUAAAUGUAACUUCCAUUUCUCUUCCUCCUCUUGGGACUGGAAACGCUGGUUUGGGGAAGUAUGAAGCAGCAGAGAUUAUGUUUGAUGAAGUUUUAAUGUUUGCCAAACAAUGCUUUAAAAAACAACUAACUAUAAAGUUUGUGAUCCUUCCUGAAGAACAGGAGACAUAUGAGGUUUUCAACACUGUAAUGGCAAAGAGUAAGUCCAAGCAGCAGCCUUUCAACAAUUACACUGUUCCCCAAGGGACCAGGGGAACCAGAGAGACCCGAGAACAUGGACUAAAAGCUAACUCUCCUGCCAUCAAUCUGAUGGGACCUAACCAGGAAAAGAUGGGUGAGGCCCAAGAGUGGAUCCAAAGGAUACUGACCCACCAGGACCAGCACACCAUUGAGAAUAGUCACAUCCUCUACCUUGGGAAAGAGGAACAUGACAUUUUGGCUCAGCAUCAGGCAGCCUCAAAGGUCUCUAUCUCAGAGAUUAUCAAUCCAGGAAAGGCAACUUUAGAGAUCAAGGGAGCCCAGGCUGACCUCAUUGAGGUGAUUUUGAAGAUUGAACAAAUGCUGUGUGAAGUUCAAGAGAAAAUGGCAAGAAAAAAGGAGCAAGCCCUUUGGAGCUCAUCAAGGCAAUGGACCGAUCAGCAACCAAAACACCAAGAUGAAAUGAAAGAAAAUAAGUUUCUGAAACGUCUAAUGCUUUCAACUCAAGAAAUUCAGGAUCAAAAGAAACAGUUUGAAAACUGUGGUUUGCAGAUUAUAAAGGUAGAGAAGAUAGACAAUGUGGCUCUCAUGGCUGCCUUCCAAAGAAAGAAGAAAAUGAUGGAAGGGAGAAUGCAUGGGAAACCUGUGAGCCACAGGUUGUUUCAGCAAGUCCCACAGCAGUUCUGUGAAGUGGUAUGCAGAGUGGGCUUUCAAAGAAUGUACUCCAUGCCCUGUGACCCAAAGUAUGGAGCUGGCAUAUACUUCACCAAGAACCUCAGAAGCCUAGCAUGCCAGGUCAAGAAAAGACCUACCACAGAUAAGCUGAUCUACGUGUUUGAGGCAGAAGUACUCACAGGCUCCUUCUGUCAGGGUCAUCAGCUAAAUAUUGUUCCCCCACCAUUGAGUCCUGGAGACAUAGACAGACAUGACAGCGUGGUUGACAACGUCUCCAGCCCCGAAACUUUUGUUGUUUUUAGUGGUGUGCAGGCCGUGCCCCUGUAUUUGUGGACUUGUACCCAGAGUCCUGUAAGGCCACAGGAUUAUUCAUCAAAAUUAAUGAUGCAGUCUCCACAGUCCCACUGGGGGAAACAUGUAACGAACAGCUCUGUUGAUUAACCUCCACAUCAUUUAACAAUUGACAUGGCCUUACUUUGGAGGAACUAACAAUAAUGUCCAUCAAUGAUGAAAGGGUGGUUUGAAUGUGCCAAAUGGGUGUCUGUAUGGACUGUUUGGGUUAUUGAAGGGAGUAGAUACAUACCAAUAGCAUUUUAAUCUUUAUCUCUUAGGGCUGGAGUAGGUAGAUACCCACUGAAAUACUUUCAGGAUCACUUUUGUCCUACAAGCUGUUCUUUUACCUCCUUUACUAUAGGUAAUAGCAAAAAUAUUUUACAUAAAAUGAACAAUUUUUUCUAGUAUAUAAUCCAAGCCUUUUAUUUUCUAAAAUGAUCAUAGUGUAACAUAUUAGGACAGCAGGAUGGUUUUCCAGAGAAUCUUAUACAGUGCUGUAGAUAUAAAAAUAAAUUGCCUUUGCUUUGAAAAA